CACAAAAAGCACACCAGGUGAGAAAGAGAAAGCAAACUCUGCGUGAGAUAGAGAUAGAGAUAGAGAGAGAGAGUCUGAAACUUUUUUUUUUUUUUUUUUUUUCGAGUGUGUUUUUCUUGGCUUUUGCGAGAGUCUGAAAUCUGAAUCGGUGAUUUUUGCGGUGGAAAAGUGGGAGAAUCUGGAAGCUUUUGUUGAUAGUUUUCUCCGGCGAGGAAUUGAUGUUCGCCGGAAUUGAGUUGUUGAGUGAGUUUGAUUUGAUGAGAGAAGAGUGAAAAAGCUUAUGGAACGAAGCAGAGAAGCAAGAAGAUCAUCAUCAUCAUCCAUGGCGACCGGAAAUGGACAACCGAAACGACGUCACAGAAGCAAUGGUCUCCGAGACUCACCUGAGGAAGGUCAGGUGGAGUUGCAAGAGGUGGUGAAGUUACGGAGCAAGAGAGAUCGAGAAUCGCUGAUGAACAAUCGGAGCAAGAGGAAGAGAACCAGUUCUAAACGAGAAGAAGGAGAGGAAAGCACGGAAGAGAGCGUCGGAGAUGAAGAAGAUGAAGAAUACUCCACCGUCGUCGUCGAAGACAACAACCACCGCCGGCCGGCGAGAUCCUCAAGGCACUGGAAGGUCGCCGAUGAAAUGAUCGGCGUCUCUGUCCCGAGAAAAGCUCGCUCCUCUUCAGCGAAAAGAGCACACGAGAAUUUGGUUAGCGCAAAUGGCGGUAAAGAAGAGCUGAAGGCUCAGCCACAAAAUUCUCAGGAAGACAUUGAGAUUGAAAUUGCAGAGGUUUUGUACGGAUUAAUGAAGCAGUCACAGUCACAGAGCAAUAAAAGUAGUGGGAACUCUUCGCAUGAGCUUGACCCGAAUCCGAACCUGAAUGACAUAAAUGGGUUGUCCACGGUUGCAGCCACCGCCACGGCCCCUCAGACCUGUACAAAGAAGAGGAAAAUGGAGGGUGAGAAAAGUUCGGGUACGGUUGAGAACAGUGAAAUCGAAAGUGAACAGCUUGAAAAGACUGAAACUUCUUCUUCACCAAAAGAGUGUGUGUCAUUGGAAUCACAGCAAGAGGUGGACGCUGCAGUAACAGUGAUAAUGGAGGAGGAGGAUCUGAAACCGUCGGAUAAAGAAGCCGGAAUCGGAGACUGUGUGUCGCCAAGGAAGGAAUCAGCUACUCCUUGUGGUGGUGAUGAAUUGAAUGCUGUUGAGGAUGUUCAAGAUUCCACAAAAGGGGUUCUGACUGUUCCGGAGGCUGAGAACAAGCGAGAGGAGAAGUUGGAGAUUGAUUUGAUGGCUAUGCCUCCUAUGCCUUCUUCUCCUGAUGGGGACGGCUUCAUUGAUUUGAUAUCGGAUCAUAAACCUCCGGUUAAAGAUGAAGAAAAGGUAGAGAAAUUUGUAAAGAAGGAAAUUGUGGUAGAAGAAUCUGAAGAUAGGAGAAAGAACAAGGUGGAGGCAAUUGGAGAAAAGAGUGAAUUGCCUAAGUUUGAUUUGGAGAAGCUAACUCAAGAUAGUGGUAGUGUUGGUAGCAUUAGGUUACAACAACAACAGCAAGCUAAAGCUAGCAUUCCUAAAGUAGAGAAAACUGAGAAAACUGCUCAAUCGGAUUCACUGCCUUUUCCAAUAGCUGUUCCAGGCUGGCUCGGUGGUCUUCAUUCUCUGGGAUACAUGCCACCCUUUCAGACAGUUGUGCCAAUGGAUGGGAUCACCGGGUCAGCCACACCAUUACAGCCCCCACAGUUUUCUCUCUCCCAACCUCGGCCAAAGAGAUGUGCAACCCACCAUUUCAUUGCUCGCAACAUUUGUUUGCACCAGCAAUAUACGAAGAUGAGCAAUUUUUGCCCUGUGCCAGCUGGUCCUGCUGCUCUAGGCGGGGCCAAGAUGAACAAUCUCAAUGCCAUGCCCCCUGCUGAAAAAAUGAUUUUUGGAAACCCAUUCCAGGGAAGCUUUCCAGGAAAGAGUCUUAAUGCUGUGCAGGAAAAAGGGCAGGCUGAAACAAAUUUUCCAGGGCAUACUGGGAAAGAUAAGGGCCGUGAGGCUGCCAACUUGACAGAAACAGCACAGAGAAAGCAGGUUGUGCUUCAACAAGCUCCACAGCUUGCCCCUGCUGGUAGCUUAAUGUCGGGCCCUGCUUUCAUAUUCUCUAUGGGUCAGCAUCCAGCAGUAGCAGCAGCAGGAGCUAAUCAAUCUGGGUCCUCUAAACAUGCAAAUUCAGCAAAGAAUAUUCCCUUGACUAGUAAUACAGCUGCUGGAUCUCUGGGGAGUAACUCUGCUUCUGGACCUUUGGGGAGCUCUUCGGUGUUACCAGCAGUAGCAACAGCAAUGAGCUUCAACUAUCCAACUUUUCCAGCCAAUGAAGCUCCAUACAUGGCAAUACUACAGAACAAUGGGUACCCAGUCCCUAUUUCCGCACCAGUUGGAACAUCAACAGCAUUUAGAGGAAGCAAUCCUGCUCAAACUUUGCCUUUCUUUAAUGGGCCUUUCUAUUCAUCGCAAAUGUUCCAUCCGUCUCAGCUUCAACAGCAACAGCCUCACUUGCAGCCUCUGGCCCAAACAACUCAUCAGAGUACGAGCACAUCAAGUGGCUUAUCAUCAUCCCACAAGCAGCCACGAGGCGCCCAAGGUAGUGGCAAUAAUCUUUUGGCCUCAUCUAAGCAGCAUGUGCCACCAUCCAAUCAAUCUCGCAAGAUUGAGGCUGAGACGACCCGGGAAAAUACUCAAUCUUUUGCUGAUAGUCAAGCUUCUCAUACCCAAAAAAGUGUUUAUGUGCAGAACUUCACGGUUCCAGGUCAGCCCCUAAAUUAUACUUUGAUGCCCUCUGCAGCAUUGGGCGUAAGUAGUGGAGGAAAUCAUGGUGAGAAACAGCAGCAGGGUUUAAAGAAUGUGGUUGAGCUCUUCCCUUCUCCAGCGUUUGGCAUGUCCUUUGCGGCCUUUAACGGGAACACAACAGCUUCAACCCUAAACUUCUCAUCAAUGCCACAAAAUCCGGUAAUAUUUCAAAGCCUCCCAGAUAUGGCUCGGCAAGGUUACCAAGUUUCACAGGCUCCUCAAGCUGCACAGCCAAAGAAUCACCAGGUAUCUGAGGGGAAAACUAGAGCUAAUUCAAUCAAUUCAGAUGAUGCAAAGAAAGCCACUUUGGGGAAGCCUUCAACAACUACAGGGCAGACCCUUGUUUUUGAUAAUUCAGCUAGAACUCUUAGCUUUAUGUCAUCACCUGUCCCUGGAAAUUGGCCUUCUCGCUCCAUUACCUCGACUACAAUAACAACAAAUGCUCCCACUGCUGGUAAUACUUCCAAUUCUCAACAACAGCAGCUGCUUCAGCUUCAAAUGCAGAAGCAGCAUAUGAUGCAACAGCAGCAACCAGCAUUGUCAGCUCGAAGUAAAGCAUCAACAACUAACAGCUUAUCUUCCUCUCCCAUUGUUGCCAAGUUCCCAACCAAUCCACCCGUUUUUUCACAAACUCUAAUUCAUUCUAAUAGCUCUGUCCAAUCUUCUCAGUCAAAGAAUGCAGGAAAAAACCCGUCUUCCCAAGCCCCCACUACAUCUUCUGUGGCAUCCAAUGCCCCAUUCCUCAAUUAUUUAUCCCAGCAAACAGUGGGAGCUCCUUCAGGCCCUGCACAGAUAUCUUUUGGAGGAAAUUCCAAGCCAGCUUUAUCACCACAAGGGCAACAAAUGCACACUAAUAACCGGUCUUCAUCUACUUCAGCUUCUGGGUCUCCAUCUACUGGUGGUAACUUGAGAACAAAUAGCACAGGUGGCAAAGUUGGUUCAUCAACUAAUACAUUGCAGUCGCAACAAACAGAGAAUUCAUCAGGUGGAACCGGCCAGAAAUCCUCUCCUGUUUGUGGGAGGAAUGUGCCUUCAAUCUUAAGUACUUGCCCCAGCCACAUAUCUGAACUCAAGUAUUGAAACUAAGCUGCAAACACCACUGCAGAAGCACUUUCACCAAGCCCAUAAUACUCUGCAGCUGCACAAUGGAAACUCCGCUGCACGGUUGCAUUGUGGUUUCAGGCAAGGCAAACCCACAACUUUGUUCAAGCUGGUCUCCAAUUGCUUAAAUUCAAUCAGUGCUACUGUCAUUCUGCUUGAACCAAUUGAUGCCGCAUAUUGUUAACCAUGUCCUGCAAAUUUGAAUGGGAUAGUGUGUGUAUAUAUGGGAGACUUCAGGGGCAUGUGGGUUGCUUUCUGAGGAGCUGAAACUUUGAAUGUGGUAUGGCAGAUUGUGACAGAGGUGAGAAAAGGAAAAAGGAAAGAGUGAGUUUUUGGAGGAUAAAGAUUCAGUGGACGUCAGUGUUCUGACAAGGCAACAAGCACUACACGUGGAAAUUCACCACCACCAAUGAACUUAUUUGAUAGCAUGAGAUGGCAGGUGCGGGUGGGAAUUGUUUAAUGAUAAAAGUAUGGUGGGCUUUACUAUGGCUCAAAGUUUGAACUUUGAAAGUGGGUCUUCAAGUGGGGGCCUACCCAUUAUGCUUGGUUUGUCUUAUGGCUAUAAAUAUUAUGGCUAUUGGUGUUCCAAGCGGUCUAAUUCAAUUUAUAAUUGGUCUUCUCUUAUGUGAUGCUGAUUUGUACAUAUGAUAAUGUAGUAUUUGUUUAGAAAGAAAUGUACUUAAAUUCAAUUUUAAAAAAAAUAUUAUUAAAGAUUGAUAUGCUAUUUUGGUUUC